ACUGGCCAGCCCUUCAAUUGCCCUGCAAGAGAAGAGAACACAGUGUGUGUAUGUGUUGUGGGAUGUGCAUCCAAAUGUAUUGAUUACCUCCUCUGUCCCAAUGCAGGCUGUAUUUGAAACAACGCUCACACAGAAGAUGGAUGGAGUGAUGAUAGUACAGGAGACGACUACGGAUCUGGCAGAUACUUUGGAAAAUGCAUCGAUUUCUGCGGAGAAAUCGGAGCAAAAACCAGAACGCCUGCAUCCCCAACAUUGGUGCGGUCAACACAAAUUCGAGGCAGACUCGCCGACGAAUUUCUAUGACUACACAAAUGCAAAAGAGAAGGAGAAGUCGGCAAUGUGUAGAGUGGCAGAGAUAGCUCGAUUCAACAAGCUGCGGCACGUUUACAAUUUGCAAGACGAAAGUGGGCCGGCUCACAAGAAAUUGUUCACGGUGAAGCUAGUUUUGACUGAAGCUGAGACAUUUGAGGGAAGCGGAACAUCAAUCAAAAGAGCACAACAAGCGUCCGCUGAAGCAGCACUCAAGGGCACGAAACUUCCACUUCCAACUGAGAAACCCACUAAAAAGAGGAUAAACGAUACCACCAAACCCCACCGCGUUCUUCAAAACGUCUGUCGAACCUUACAAUACCAAAUGCCUAACUACAUCUCCUGCAAUCCGCCGGUUUAUCCCGAUCCAGGAUGCCCGUUACCGGAGCACAUUCUAUUGCCGUUAGAAUCAAUGGCUCUCUAUGCACCACCUUUCCCAACUCUGCCAAUUGAUCCAGCGCGGCCGCAAGGACCGAAAUUGCAAGCGGUCAUCGUUAACAUCAAUGGAAAAUCAAUUGCAACUGGAAUCGGUGAAACCUAUCCACUAGCAAAACAGGAUGCAGCCGCAAAAGCCCUUGCAGUUUUGAGUCCACUGCUCCGCGAGCACCAAAAUGGCUCUGAUAAUGGAUUUGGAAAAGAAAAUAUCCCAGUUCACAAACAAAAAUCUGUGAUAAGUGAUAUCCACGAGAAGGCCUACCAGCUGAAGGUAAACGUGGUUUUUGAAGUUCUGAAAGAAGAAGGCCCUCCACACGAUAGGCAAUAUGUUGUAAGGUGUGCUUUUGUGACCAGCGGUAAUGUGGUGAAGGCGGAAGCGGUGGGCAAGGGCAAAAAGAAGAAGAGUGCUCAGCAGGAAGCAUGUACACAGCUUUUGGCUACGGUGGAGCAUCUUACUCCUGAAAACAAUCCGGUCGCCCUUGCCACCAACGUGUGCAAAACUCAAAAAAAGCUGGCUGCAAUGAACCGUGAACCAAAGCGAAAAACAAUUGUCAAAGACAAGAAGAUGGAUCCCCUGUAUGGACAUCAAAUCAAUCCAGUGUCACGAUUGAUUCAAGUGACUCAGGCAAAAAGCAAGGAACAUCCGACGUUCGAGUUGGUCGCCGAACAUGGUGUGAGCAAGUACAAAGAAUUCAUCAUUCAAGUCAAGUAUGGAGACGACGUUCAAGAAGGCAAAGGUCCAAACAAGCGUUUAGCAAAACGAGCCGCCGCUGAAGCGAUGUUGGAGUCUAUAGGAUUCGUUAAACCAUUACCACCACCCGGUAAAAGUUUGCUUAAGAAAAUGAUAGACUGUGAUCCUUCCCUGCCAGAAAUUUCUCACUGGACUGGUCCUCCGCCAACGGCAGUUUCGGUUUCGACGAGCGAGCCCGACACGUCUGAAGCAGCACAACUAUCACCGGAGCAGACGGAUAUCAGUGAGAAGAGAGAACUUUCACCGGAUACAGAAAAACGAAGAGUUACUUUUAACUCUCAAGUACAUGCUUGUCCUCCUCCAGGCGAUCAAGACUACCCGAAUUCAAUUGUUCAAUCACUCAAGAAAGAUGCAAUUGUCGAAGGCAAAAUCCGCCGGCUCAAGAGGUCCAAAGAAAACCGAAGAGCUUUAACUGCUGAGCAAAUUGUGGAACUUUCCGAAAGAGCUCAAUCCUACCUGCAAACAAAAAACACGACGAUUCAAAGUUCACAAUCAUCAUCCGCCCAUCACCAUCUGGAGCAGCUGUCCGACUUCUUCAAGUUCAGCUUACAAUACACAAGCUUUCCACAAGUUGGCAUUGAUCAGCACUUUACAAUCGUGUCAAUAGGACUUGAAGCACCACUGGUUGGACAUGGUACCGGUUGCAGCACCACUGAAGCUGAUGAGAAUGCAGCGCUUGACGCUAUUGCUAAGCUCAAGGAGCUCUCAGCGAGCAAGACAUAGUCCCCACAUUUUACAAUAUUUUAACCGUUAGAUAGCUGCAAAAAAUGCCAUAGUUUGUCAAUAAUUGAUUCAAUUUUUAUGUGAAAUUUAGAGGCAGAAUUAAACUACUGCCUCCAAGUCCGUACGGCAACCAAAGAAUUAUAAGAUACAGUUAAUACAGUUUUUCAUAAUGCAAUUCAAUUUUCCAAACCCCAUCUCUCUACAAGUCUUUAAAAAUUCCCCUAAUGUAAUACAAACACGCGGUUUUCUCAUUCAUCUGGCCUUAGAAUCCUUUUUAUAAACAAAAUACUAAUUUUCUGUGAAACAGUAGAUUCAUGUCCCCUCUCCCCCAUUCCUGUGUGUUUUUUUUUGAAAAAGUUUGCUUUUCCAAAUUCAUAUCUUGUCUUUUGUUAAAUAUGCCUUUUUAUAAGUCUUCUGCAAAUUAAUAGAUUUUUUAUUGAGAAUUUUAAUGAAACCAUUAUUUCAAAAA